GUUGUUCAAGAGACACAUAGUUGAGAGAAUGAGUGACUCGUCAUCUUCAAAGAACAGGGCGCAAGCGGGAAGUUUUAAGUCUGUGCCUUCACAGGGAAUUAACGAUGGCCGCAAACCGUAUGUUCCAGCAAAACAUGAUGCUGGGAAUCAUGCAUCGUCUGGAAUAAGUGCUAGACCCGUGCAUAAAUUGGAAAAUCUUGAGUCCACUAAGAAAGAAGCUAAAGCUAAUGCGCUGCCAGCAGGUCAAGGUUAUACCACACCAUCGGCGCAUGCAUCAAGCAGCAAACCGCAAAAACAAGUCAACCUAGGCAAGGGGGGCUCCAAAUACUUCUAAACGGUGAAUAUAUAUUGAGGUCAAAGAAUAAAACAAAUAUAUCAGUUUUCUCCUACGAACUGAUGCAGAAGAACGACUUGAACAUUCUGUUGACAUGCUUUGUCUCUGGUAUCAGUAUGCAAGUAGUUAAGAGGUGCAAAAGAAUUACGUACUGCAUGAUUAGUUCUAAACUAGUAGUUUGUACAAGUUUGUAGUACUUGCUUUGGUGAAUUUCUACACCGUUUCUAGUUCGUAAUGUAUGUUGGUAUUGUAAUGAACUCGAGUGUAUAAAUAAAUUGAGGUUGUUGA